AUGGAAUCGCCGAGGAAGCGUCGAAAGAAAAAUGGAGAGCUGUUUAAUCCUUCAAGUGCAUCUAUACAGACCAUUGAAUCCAAGCAAAGAAGGGUUCCAACGAGUGCACUGACAAGACAAAUCCCGCCACUUUCUGACCCUGGCCAGUAUUGGCAGUGGGAGAACCAGCCCUCAUCGGUGCAGGCAGUGCAUCCAUAUACCGGGCAACUAAGAAAUGUGAGCAUGGAUACUCGAAAUGAUUACAAAUCCUCAGAGUAUUCUCUGUCACAGACUCUGCCUCAAUGGGUGAAACCAUAUUCAACUCAACAGCAAAUUUUUGGCACCAAGAGUUGGGUAACUGUAAAUAAGAAAUUGGAUCCACGGUGGAAUAUACAAAUGCUUCCAAGAGCUCAUAUUCGAAGCUGUUCAGCACUAUCAGAAACAACCAGGCCAUACCUUGUGCCACCGAAUGUCCGCUUUGAAAAGGACCAGGCUCACAAUUCACGAUCGUCAAUUUCAAUGGCAAAUGAAGAGGCUCAUAUCGACGGAAUGUUACGAGGAGCAAUUAAUGAAGCUUGGAACCCUGCUCAAAGAUCGAGUGAGGAGCUGUCUUCCGACACCUUCAGUGAGAGAGUUCCACUGCUGCGAAAUGCUACACGAGAGAUACGAGAAGAGAGAUCUUGGCAUCAUAACGCAAAGCUGCGAUCUAUGGAACGAGACGUGGAUGAAGAUCAUCAACCUUUCCAUGUGCAGAAGUACAAACUCCUAUGGCUUGUGGCGAUAUCCAUAUUUGUUGGCAUAUUUUUGUGCCUUUUUCUGUACGCCUUCCAUAUUAUCUGA